CUAGUCACUGUCACUCAGUCUUUUGCAUGGACUCAUCUCAUAGACUAUGCCGGUAUUCGACACGAUCAUCAUUGGCGCCGGUUGGUCCGGCGCAGUCGCGGCCAAACAUCUGAGCUCCAAGGGACGCAGCGUCCUCGUGCUCGAAGCCAGGGAUAGAGUGGGAGGUCGUGCGGAUACUUGGAAAGACGGCAAUGUCAAAGUGGAUGUUGGGUGUAGCUGGAUCCACGGGUACAAGGAGGGCAACCCUGCUAGGAGCAUUGCGGAAGAGCACGGAGUGGCUACGCACCUACCGAAGCCCGCAGAUGGACUGAUCUACGGACCAGACGGCUUGUUGUCUAGCUCACAAGCGAACUCGCUUCGUGCAGCCCUGUCAGCUGCCCAGUCAGCCUUUCAAUUACCUUAUCCUCCACCUCCUCCGACUGCAUCACUAGCAUCUGCUCUCUUUGGCUCAGAUUCUCCCUUGUUCGCAUCUGCAGCAACGGCGGAUCCAUCUUCAGACUUGAAUCAAACGUCGCCAGCUGACCCGACGACCUCGUCUCCGGCUUCGGGCUCCAGCAAGUCGGCAGACAAGGCCAAUCUUGUGUCUCUAGCCAGGUCGUUGGAAGUUCCUCUCGGAUUGAAGCUUGAGAAAGCUUCUUUACGCUGGACAGGUUGGGAGUCGCUUUCCAACUUUGCUGGAUCCGAUGCAGCACCUGAGGGUGGCUACGAGGCUUUGGUGAGGAAAGUCAUAACGAAAGCCGUGGAUCAUAAGGCGGAGGUCCUACUUGGGACGGAAGUGACUUCAGUCAAAUUGCAAGACGAUAUGAUCACCGUGACUGAUCGAACAGGGGAGAUCUACCGAGGCAAAACAGUCAUCUGCACGAUCCCGCUCGGCGUCUUAAAGACUUUGCCUUCCAGCACAUUCUCACCUGCUCUUCCCGCGCGAACGCAAGAAGCGAUCAAGGGGACACAUGUUGGAGUCUUAGAAAAGCUGCUUCUUGUCUAUCCAAAAGCUUGGUGGCCCAAGGCGGAGACUGCCGGCUCCUUCACAUUCUUACCGACGUCCACCCAAGCAAUAAGCGACACGUCGACGCCCAGAGAGAUCUUUGACGCCUCGACAUUGAUCACUGCAAAUUUCGCUUGUCCUUCGCUCCCUGAUCCUUCCCCAACUCUCCUCACGUACCUCUCAGAGACCCCUGCACUGGCGCUUCUCAAGCACGAACCGGCGGAAGUUGUCGAAGCCUUCCACCACUUCCUCAUGUCGCGAUUCGGUGUGGAAGAUAGUCCGCCUCCUAGUCGGUCGCACUUGACAAACUGGUACACGGAUCCUCUUGCAAGAGGCGCCACGACGACCCCAUCCAUCGUCUCAGAGCACGGCGAACGAAGUCCUAUGGAUUUCAAAGAGCUGAGUCGACCAGCUUGGGGGGGCAAAUUGGGUUUCGCGGGCGAAGCCACGGAGAUGGAGCAUCGCGGCUCGGUUGCUGGUGCCGUUGUCAGCGGUCAGCGUGAGGCUGAACGGGUCGAUAGGUAUCUGACGAUGAGGAGUGAGGGAUGAACUGGAUGCAUUACAGCUUGUCGAUCCU